AUGUAUCUGACAUUCAUCAUUGUUCUACUGGUCUUUGUGGUGGGGCCUGCACAAAGUAUUCCAAUACCAAAACCAUUUCAGGAUUCCACACCUGAACUGGAAGAACAAUAUGAAAAUAAAACAGAAACUCUGGAUGUAUUCACCCGGCUUAUUAGUGGAAACAAAAACUUUAAUAUUCCGGUACACGAUGGUGAUAUUAUCAUAAACAGAGCGGGUCGCAGUGCCAUAAAAGAUGCAGGAUGUUUCUGGCCAAAGUCUGCAAACGGGACUGUCAUUGUGCCUUACAGCCUUUCCCCUAAAUACACUACUGAUCAGGUGGAUCUGUUUAAGAAUGCAAUGCAAGAGAUUGAAUCUGUAACCUGUGUGCGAUUUGUUAAUCAUACAACCGAGGUGUCCUACCUGAAUAUUGUGGAAACAGGAGGCUGUGCAUCCAAUGUUGGAAGAAUUGGAGGCACCCAGAAUAUAUAUUUAAAUUCCAAAAGUUGCAUGUCCAGAGGGACCAUUCAGCAUGAGCUAGAACAUAGUCUGGGAUUUCAACAUGAGCAUUCCCGGAGCGACCGUGAUAACUAUGUUACCAUUAUGACCGAGUAUAUAUCACCAGAAAAUCUUGGUGGCUUUGCAAAGAUGGACACGAAUAACCUGAAUAUGGAAUAUGACUACUACUCUGUGAUGCAUUAUCCCACCUAUGCAUUCAGUAACACAUCAGGAAAAAACACAAUCAUCCCUAAGCCUGAUCCUUCUAAACCCAUCGGACAGAGAGAUGGACUUAGUACCCUGGAUGUUUCUAAAAUCAAUGCCCUUUACAAGUGUGAUGUCUGCUCAAUGCUGCUUAGUAAUGUCACUGGUACAGUGACCUCAGCCAACUACCCAAAUAGUUACCCCAAUAACAGCAACUGUGUUUGGCUGAUCAGAGUUCCAUCUGGACAGGUUGUUCUUAAAUUUGAUUUUCUUGAUGUUGAAUCCUCUAUUGGCUGCUCUGCAGACUAUAUUAGAAUUUAUGAUGGACCCAGUAAGACGUCUCCUGUGCUAUUAGACAAGACAUGUGGUAUGCCACUGAUCCUUCCAAUGACAUCAUUAUCUAACCAGGUGCUCAUUGAGUUUGUCUCUAACCAGAAUGGAAGUGGAAGAGGUUUCAAUAUCACCUAUAAGUCAGUACAAUGUGGAGGUGAGUUUUAUGCUCCUGCAAAGAACUUCACUUCUCCUGGAUACCCGACCGGCUACUCUCCAAAUUUGAACUGUACAUGGAUAAUUUCCGCUCCUCCUCAGUACAAGAUCUCUUUGACUAUAAACGACUUUGAGCUUGAGCCUAUGUUCUAUUGGAUGUGCAGAAGUGACUCUCUGUCAAUUUAUAAUGGACCAGAUGCUGCCUCUCCACUGAUAGGACAAUUUUGUGGUAUUGAAUAUCCCCGUUCUAUUACUUCAAGUGGAAAUUCAAUGGUUCUACAAUUUCUUACUGAUUUCUCCAUCCAAUAUGAAGGAUUCAAAGCUUCAUACAAAUUUGUGCCAAAGUCGUUUUCCUCCCCAGAUGAAUUGGGUUAUGGAGCAUUGGGCUUCCUGGAAAAACUGUCUUUGCAGCCCUAUCUGGAGAGUUCUAAAGAGAUACUGUAG